GCGCUGUUGACCGAAACGCGUAAGACGCCAUCUUGAGGAGACCACGAACCAACGCUGGUUGGCGAUAACUGACAAUAAUUUUCGGCGCAUCAGGAUGAGAUUACUGAAUUCAAAGUGAACCCGAGUCACAUGGGCUGUGGGCUAUAAAUAUUAAGAGAGGGGCAAGAGGAGCUGUUGGACUAAUGUUUGCCGUGUUGGGUUGUUUUUAUGACGCAACGCCCGCUGUAGCCUGAUGGCCAGCUAGCUGCUGUGUGGACCCGCGGCCUGUUCGGGAGGAGGAAGGGUGGUGACGGCGCAAAAUGCACGACUACCCCUGACUCCCAACCAGACUGUUCCAAGACAGAGGCUCACUUCGAGUUGAACGACGAGCACAAUGCACUUAAAUUUUUUUUAAAGCUGUUCACUUUCCGAUUUUUUGAGGGGGCUAUGGGGUGCUGUUAGAACCUCCGAACGACUGUGAAUGCCGUGGCGCGUGCUCUGAAUUGCCAGUCCGAGACAUGUCAUCCAACUGCACCAGCGCAGCGCCUGUCAGCGCUAGCAAAACCAAGACGAAAAAAAAGCAUUUUAUAGGACAGAAAGUGAAACUGUUCCGUGCAAGCGAACCCAUCCUCAGCGUGUUAAUGUGGGGUGUGAAUCACACGGUUAACGAGUUAAGUAAUGUGCCUGUACCAGUCAUGCUGAUGCCAGAUGAUUUUAAAGCCUACAGUAAGAUCAAAGUGGACAACCACCUUUUUAACAAAGAAAACCUUCCUAGUCGCUUUAAGUUCAAAGAAUAUUGUCCCAUGGUGUUCCGAAACCUGAGGGAGAGGUUUUGCAUCGAUGACCAAGACUACCAGAACUCCCUCACGCGAAGCGCUCCCCUCAACAGCGACUCCCAGGGUCGUUUUGGUAAUCGCUUCCUCUCCAGCUACGACCAUCGAUUUGUAAUCAAAACUGUGUCCAGUGAGGACAUCGCUGAGAUGCACAACAUCCUCAAAAAAUACCACCAGUUUAUAGUGGAGUGUCACGGCAACACGCUGCUCCCUCAAUUUCUGGGUAUGUACAGGCUAACAGUGGACGGGGUGGAGACGUACAUGGUCGUGACCCGGAAUGUCUUCAGCCAUCGCCUCACUGUUCAUCGCAAAUACGACCUCAAGGGUUCCACGGUCUCAAGGGAAGCAAGUGACAAGGAAAAGGCAAAAGAGCUCCCCACUUUCAAAGACAACGACUUCCUGAAUGAAGGCCACAAGCUGCAAAUAGGAGACGACAACAAGAAGUACUUCUUGGACAAGCUAAAACAUGAUGUCGAGUUCCUGGCCACUCUGAAGAUCAUGGAUUACAGUCUUCUCGUGGGGAUCCACGACGUGGAACGAGCCGAGCAGGAGGAGAUGGAUGUGGAGGCUGGUGCCGAUGAGGAAGAGUAUGAGAAUGAUGGGAUGGGUGGAGGCGUUCUCACUGGCUCCUUUGGCACACCACCCGACAGCCCAGGAAACCCCCUCAACUGUGGCUUCUUUGGGCCCGGGGACUUUGACCCCUCUGUUGAUGUUUACGCAAUCAAGAGCCAUGACAGUUCUGUCAAGAAGGAGGUGUACUUCAUGGCGAUCAUCGACAUCCUCACCCAUUACGAUGCGAAGAAAAAAGCUGCACAUGCUGCCAAAACUGUGAAACACGGGGCCGGGGCCGAGAUCUCGACGGUGAACCCGGAGCAGUACUCCAAGCGCUUCUAUGAGUUCAUGUCCAAUAUCUUGUCAUAGACUCUUUUCCACUCUGCCUGCCCAGCCACUCACAGAUCUGGCACACACACACACACACACACACACACACACACACGUACGUGUGCACACUUUAUUACACGUGAGUCCUCCGCGUCAGACAGUCUCUCUUGUCCUCACCCUCUUCAAAGAGCCCAUGGUUAGGUCAAGUUAUGUGUUGAGGCUUUUACAGAACCGCAAACACAAAUGAACAGUGCCCCCCACCCUCUUACCCCCAGUUUUGGAAAGAGCAUCCUGAUAACUUCCUUUGUUUCGCUGAAUUUUCGUUUGAAUUAUUGCUCCUCUGUUUCCGCGUCCUACCUUAUCACUCCUCUCGCCAGCACAGGAACUGUCUCACUGAUGCCUUGAAUUAGUGCCCGCGCCUCAGCACCGUCUUCUCACUUUCUCUUCAUGUUGCUAUACCUUGAUUUCCAUUGGAUGUGUACACAAACACAGAUUGCAUGACAUACUUUUAGCAGCCUUCUUUGGGCUUCUCUUUCAGUAUCGACAACAGAAAAACCCAACCUACUUCUGAUAAUUUGGAAUAACCGGAUGUAAACGUUCUUACUGAUGAUGUAGACCAAUAAGUAAAAGAAUGCAGUUAUCAAUAUGCAUGGCUGAUGUGCACAUGAGACUCCACCAGUUAGUUCAACAUCGAACCGCUGACCUUAACAUCUGAGUGUUACAAUGAAAAUAGGAACAACACGCGCGCAUAAAUCGGUGUUUGAAUGUUAUAUUGCCACAUUGGUUUUAACAAAUUUUGGAAUAUUAAACAUGAGCUUGGUAAAGGUUGGUCAAU